AUGAGUCUCAAGGAGGAUCAACCAAACCCAAGGAAAGUCAAGCAGGUUACCAGAUCGUGUUCAGAUACCAGUGCACCCACAACCCCCAACCACCCUGACCCCAAGCACCACCCCAAGCACCCACCCCAAGCACCCACAACCCCUCACCCAAACCCAAGCACCCCAACCCCAAGCACCCACAGCCCAAGCACCCACAACCCCAAGCACCCACAACCCCAAGCACCUCAACCCCAAGCACCCACAGCCUCAAAGCACCCACAACCCAAGCACCUACAACCCCAAGCACCCACAACCCCAAGCACCUACAACCCCCAGGCACCCACAACCCCAAGCACCCACAACCCCAAGCACCCACAACCCCAAGCACCCACAACCCCAAGCACCCACAACCCCAAGCACCCCACAGCCCCAAGCACCCACAGCCCCAAGCACCCACAACCCCAAGCACCUACAACCCCAAGCACCCUGACCCCAAGCACCUACAACCCCAAGCACCCCAACCUCAAGCACCUACAACCCCAAGCACCUACAACCCCAAGCACCCUGACCCCAAGCACCUACAACCCCAAGCACCCUGACCCCAAGCACCUACCCGCACCCCCACAACCCCAAGCACCCACGACCCCAGGCACCUGCAACCCCAAGCACCCUGACCCCAAGCACCCAUGA